AUGGCCCCCAAACUCAUCACCCUCCUGUGUCUGGGAUUCUGUCUGAACCAGAAGAUCUGCACACAUGUGGGUGCUCAGGACGAAUUCUCCCUGUCAGCCUGGCCGAGCCCUCUGGUUCCCCUAGGAGGACGUGUGACUCUCUCCUGUCAUUCCCGUCUUCAGUUUGUCAUGUUCACAAUAUUCCAAACAACUGGGAGCCGAGUCCGUGAGUUGUACACUGGCCUUUCCAACCACGUCACCAUCAACCCUGUGACCCCAGGACACGCAGGGACCUACAGAUGUGCUGGAAUUUACAAGCACACCUCAAAACAGUCAGCUGGGAGCAAAUCUCUGAAGAUCAUCGUCACAGGCUUGUUCACCAAACCCUCCAUCUCAGCACACCCAAGCUCCCUGGUGCACACAGGAGCCAGGGUGAGCCUGCGCUGUCGCUCACCACUGGCCUUUGAUGAAUUUGUCUUAUACAAAGAGGAGCACACGCAGCACUCUCAGCAGCUUGACGAGGGGAUGGAGGCUGGGAGCCACCACGUCCAGGCUGUCUUUUCCAUGGGUCCUAUAACGCCUGCCCAUGCAGGAACCUACAGAUGCUGUGGUUCUUUCAAUCACUCCCCCUAUGAGUGGUCGGCUCCCAGUGACCCCCUGGAUAUUGUGAUCACAGGAAAAUACAAAAAACCUUCUCUCUCCACCCAGGUGGACCCCAUGAUGAGGUUGGGAGAGAAGCUGAACUUCUUCUGCAGCUCUGAAAUCUCAUUUGACCGGUACCACCUGUUCAGAGAUGGGGUUGCUCAUGGACAGUGGCUCAGUGGAGGGCAGAGGCACAGUGGAGCAUUCCAGGCCCACUUUUCUGUGGGCCCCGCAACGCCAGUCCCCGGUGGGACCUAUAGAUGCUAUGGUUCUUUCAAUGACUCUCCCUAUGAGUGGUCAGCCCCCAGUGACCCACUGCACCUUUGCGUCACAGAAAACACUAAGAGUACUCCUCUGUCAUUCGUGGAAUCCACCCCUGAAUCUGACACACAUCUUCCUCAAGGACAGUCCAGCAACAACCUGAAUAUCUUCAUUGGACUCUCAGUAGCCAUCAUCUCCAUUGGCGUAUGCCUCUCUGCUUUUAUCGGUUUCAGGUGUUACAUAAAAUAUUACACCACCAUGGCAAACACAGAGCCCACGGAAGGCCACCGGAUGGAUGAAGAGGGCCCUCCAGCGGAAGAGACACAGGAGGUGAUGUAUGCCCAGUUAAACCACCAGACCCUCUCCCAGACAGGACUCACUCCUGCCUCCCCGUGUCCCAAGUACCUCUCGGAGGAUCCCAGUAUCUACGUCACCGUCCACCAAGCCCAGGCUGAGGCCAGAGCUGCCCCCAGUCUUUGCCACAGAGGUCAUUAA